AUGACGUCCUUUAUGCCACCCGACGCUCUAUUUCUUGCACCUCCACAUUCUCAUGACCCGUGCGACGUUUCACAUUUUGCUGCUCUGCCCCAAUCAAUGCUCCAACAGCUGCCCGAGUCGGUACAAAUGGCGCUCUGGACACUCCAAGAGUCAACAUCCAUUAUGUACGCGUCUUAUGUAAGAUUGCAAGAGCUCAUCGAGGAGCGGUUUGACCGACUUGUCCCACUGCCCUACUCCCCCGGUUCGGUCAUGAUGAAAUACUCUGAGGAAGCUUACUUCAAUUAUGUCAACCAUUGUGCAGCUGAGAAGCGCUACUUGAUCGAGGACGCCUUCCCUGAUUGGCGGCACAAAGCAUCCAGGGCUGGCCUGAACAAGUACCACGCACUCAGUGUGACAUUUGGCGGUAGACAAAUGACUAUUGCCGAGUGGUUCGCGCAGUUGCAAACGGCCGUCACCUUUUGGUGCCAACAAGCACGGGCGAUUACACUCCCCGAUUUUGACACCACGAUACUCGAACUCGAAUCCGAGACCACAUCGCCAUCAAGCGACAUUUCCGAAGAGGACACUGCAGACAUGAUGAGCUUGCCGAUGCGAGCCCUAAGACACCCACUGGACCCGGAGGGAUUCAGGCUGGAGAUCACGGCUGCGUUAGAAGCGCUAUAGACCCAGCAAGCUGAGGUCAGGUGCUCGAAGCUAGCGC